UGUUUCAACAGCUCGGUGGGGUGCAUAGCUCCCACGUUGGCACUUCUUCCGACAUCCCUGAUAUCGACGCUCUAGCAAGAAUGAAGAUUGCCUGCAUCGGUGCUGGCUAUGUGGGUGGCCCUACGAUGGCCAUGGUGGCCCUGAAGUGCCCCGAAAUCGAGGUGGUCGUAGUUGAUAUCAACGAGGAGCGCAUCAAGGCCUGGAACAGCGACAAGCUGCCUAUCUAUGAGCCUGGCCUACUUGAGGUUGUCAAGGAGUGCCGUGGCCGGAACCUCUUCUUCUCCACCGAUACCAGGAAGCAUGUUGGCGAGGCUGACAUUGUCUUUGUUAGUGUCAACACCCCAACCAAGACCUGCGGUAUUGGGGCUGGGAGGGCCGCGGACCUAACCUACUGGGAGGGUGCUGCUCGCCUUAUUGCAUCGGUGUCCACCAGCAGCAAGAUUGUUGUUGAGAAGUCCACGGUGCCUGUCAAGACCGCAGAGGCCAUUGGCAAGGUGCUGAAGCGCAACUGCCUGGACCCCAACGUCCAAUUCGAGAUUCUGUCAAACCCAGAGUUCUUGGCCGAGGGCACUGCGAUGGAGGACCUCCGUCACCCCGACCGCGUGCUGAUUGGUGGUGCUGACACCGAGAGCGGCCGCAAGGCCAUUGAUACCCUGGUCUCUGUCUACGCCCACUGGAUCCCGCGUGAGCGCAUCCUGACUGCCAACCUCUGGUCGGCUGAGCUUGCCAAGCUGACCGCCAACGCCUUCCUGGCACAGCGCAUCUCGUCCAUUAACGCCAUCUCGGCCCUGUGUGAGGCCACCGGCGCUGAUGUGCAGCAGGUGGCGCACGCCAUUGGCACGGACAGCCGCAUUGGAAACAAGUUCCUGAACGCCUCGGUGGGCUUCGGUGGCUCAUGCUUCCAGAAGGAUAUCCUGAACCUGUGCUACGUGUGCGAGUCGGUCGGCCUCAAGGAGGUGGCUGAGUACUGGUUCCAGGUGGUGUCCAUGAACGACUACCAGAAGCAGCGCUUUGUUGAGCGCGUCAUCAGCGCUAUGUUCAACACCGUGUCCCAGAAGAAGAUUGCCAUCUACGGCUUUGCCUUUAAGAAGGACACCGGUGACACCCGCGAGACCCCCGCCAUUGACGUCUGCAAGGGCCUGAUCCGCGAUGGCGCCAAGGUCUGCGUGUACGACCCUGAGGUCUCCCCUGAGCAGAUCUUCCGCGACAUGUCCACGCCCAAGUUCGAGUGGGACCGCCCCAACUACAGCCGCUCGCAGAGCCACAUGCUCGACAACGUGCAGGUGGUAUCGGAUGCGGCAGCCGCUGCUGAGGGCGCGCACGCAAUUUGCGUGCUGACCGAGUGGGAUGAGUUCAAGACCUAUGACUACCAGGCCAUGUAUGACAAGAUGGUGAAGCCCGCCUUCAUCUUCGACGGCCGCAACAUCCUGGACCACGCCAAGCUGCGCGAAAUUGGCUUCAUCGUGUACGCACUCGGCAAGCCGCUGGACCCCUUCCUGAUCAAGGGGUACUAAAUGCCUAACUUACAUGCCGAUGAGGGGAGGGCACUGGGUUAGCCAAGAUGACUUGCAUGGGUUAGGUUAAAUGGCCAUUUGCAUGGGUCGUGUAUAUACCAAUUUCAGUCGCCUGCAUGCUGCCACACUUUUGUUCAUGCUAUGGUUCUCCUAGGCUUCUAGGCUGGUCUUCAGGCUAGUGAUACAGCAAUAAAUUGUGAUUUUCUGACGUGGCAUUAUAGGCACAAAUUCCUACGAGCAGGAUCCGGACUGUGUGACGCCCUUUUUUUCCCUGGGAUAUGUACGUCCAUAUUGUCCGUGCUUUCUCUUCAGACUCGAACUGAAUCGAUGACCAGUUUGGUCUUGUAUGUCCCUGUGCCCUGACAUGUGCACUAUGGACCCACGCUGGGGCGAUUAUUGUUCUAAAUGUGACCUAUCGCAUGUGAUUAUGUUUGACAUCCGUUUUAAGCAGUGGGACCGCUUUCUGUAUUUUAUGUAAGGUAAUCGAUGCAAGGG